AGAGUGUACCCUCCCACACACAGGCGUUGAACCGAGCCGAGCGUAAAGGGUCCGACGACAGCAUUCAUUCUAGCAUUCGCCUAGAGUUAAGACGCGUGUACCGUGUCUUGAGGGCAGCAUUCAUUCGCUUCUGUCCAUCGUUUUCUUUGUUCGCAUAUAUACCGGCUCAAUCGCUUCUACCGAUACAUCCAACGCGUUAACGAAACGCAACGACGGCAAUGUUCGGCAAACUAAAGCAAUUAUUUAAGCGAUCCUCAUCAUCAGAACACACCUCCAAAGCCCGAGACUCCUUCGACUCCUCAACAGGCGAAGACUUCCCGGACUCAACGACCUCCUUCUCACAUCCCUCCAUUCCCUCGCAUAUCCAGUCUCCGAACCUCCUACAUGUACUCAGUACAUCUGGGUUUGAUGAUGCUAUGAUUCCGGUGUUUGACGAGAAGCAGCAGAGGGAGGCGGCGGCGGAUACGCUUGGACGGACUCUGAGGACGGGGAAUUCGAGGGGGUCGGUCUAUGGACUUGCGGGGUUGGUAAGGAGUGAUACGAUGAGUACGGGGAGUGGGGCCGGCCCCAAUGGGAGUCGAGGGAAUCUGUUGGCGAAUGGAAGUUCGAGUUCGUUGGCUUCUUAUCGGCCUUCUGAGGGCUGGAACGACCUCCCACCAUCAAUGCUCGAACAAUCCCAUCGUCGAUCAAGCACGCCUCGGAUGUCACCUCGCCCUUCUGGCCAAUUCGCGCGUCACUCACCCCACCCAUCUGGAUCCUACAGUAACGGACAAUCUUCUCCCAGCUCUUCCGCUAGCCCUAUUCCAUCGAUUUCGAGUGUGUCGAUGGGUCCGCCGCCGCCUGUUGCUGGAUACCGGGGUCCGCAAAGAGGCCAGGCUGUUCAGUACCAGGGUGCUCCGCGUGAUCCCGCGUCUAUGAACCAGAAUCAGAACCAGAACCAGGGACCGCCGCCGGUUCCUCAGCAUCAGAUGUUGCGAACGGGACCGGUGAGGCAGCCUUCUAUGGCCUCUAAGAGAAUUAGUGAGGAGGUUGGGGCGGAGGAACGGGCUGAGCAGCUCCACGACGAAUCGAAGGUCGAGGCUGAGGAGGAGAAGGAGAAGAAGGAAAAGGAGGUCGCAAACGUGGAGAGGAAAGAAGAGGCAGAGCAGGCACGGCCGGAGAUUUAUACUCCUUCCCUCGUCACGAAUGGAUCUUCCACACCACCCUCUUCGAUCGCAGAGCCGAAGGUUGAGGUUGUGCUUGAGGGGCCUGUGGAGAUGGAGACCGAGAGUUCAGUUGGGUCGUCGGAAUCUACGCCUGAGACGUUGGUGAAGGAGGUUGUACACACCAAGCCGGAGGAGGUGAAUGUGGCGAGUGAGGAGACGAAGAUGGCACCCCAGGCUAGGGUGAAGGAAUUGUUGAAGGCGAAGAAGGCGGAGAGAGAGGCUGCGAAGAGGGCGGCGGAGACGCAGGCGGCUUAG